GGAUUCUCGACACUGCUUUGGAUUGGUGCAAUUCUUUGCUUCUUGGCAUACAGAAUCCAGACAAUGACAAUGUACGAUGCAGCAUAAAUAUGCAUAAAUAGUUCUUAUAUACUCCAAUGUAGCAGCAUAAUCACAUAGUUCUUUAGUAGCAUACAGUAGAUUGACUAUCACACAUCUUCGUCCCUACUAAAAAAACUAUUUCAUUUUUGCAUCUUUACCUGGGAACUGUUCUUGCUGCUGUUGUCAUAAUCACUGGAUGCUUCUCAAACUAUCAAGAGGCUAAGAGCUCUAAGAUCAUGGAAUAUUUUAAGAACCUUGGUCUGCAGCAAGCCCUGGUUGUGCGUGAUGGAGAGAAAAAGAGCAUCAGCGCUGAGGAGGUAGCUGCUGGUGAUCUUGUGGAGGUCAAAGGUGGAGACAGAAUCCCAGCUGAUCUUUGCAUCAUCUCUACACAUAGGGGCAAGGUGGACAACUAUUCACUCACCAGUGAAUCUGAGCCCCAGACUCAUUCUCCUGACUUUUCAAUGAAAACCCCCAAGAAACUAGGAACAUUGUGUUCUUCUCUACCAACUGUGUUGAAGGUUUCUGCCAAUUUUGCUACCCGAUGACCAGUUUCCUGAGGGCUUUGCAUUUAAUACUGAUGAAGUGAACUUCCCCACUGAGAAAUUGUGUUUUGUUGGCCUCAUGUCUAUGAUUGACCCUCCUCGUGCUGCUGUUCCAGAUGCUGUAGUUUAUCAUGGUUACUGGUGACCAUCCAUUUACAGGUAAGGUUAUUGCAUAGGGUGUUGACAUUAUAUCUGAAGGCAAUGAAACUGUGGAAGAUAUUGCAGCUCGUUUGAACAUUCCUGUUGGGGAAGUUAAUCCAAGAUACACUGGCCAUCUCAGCCACUGACAACAAAGCUGUUUUAUAACCGGAGUUUUCGUCACUGGAGUAGAAGAAGGGCGUUUAACUUGAAGAAGUCCAUUGCUUACACAUUGACAGUAACAUCCCGGAGAUCUCACCCUUCCUUUUGUUCAUCAUUGCUAAUAUUCCUCUACGCUUGGGCACCAACACCAUUCUCU